CUCGAGCGUCUUCUCCGUGGACCUGCGGAAAGCCCUGCGGCUUCUGGUGGCUCCUGAAGAUGGUUUGCUGCUGCAGCUGCACAUGCGGCUGCUGCCUGCUGCUGCUGCUGCUGCUCUUGCGGGGGUAAUGCGCAAAGCCUUUCGCUGCUACAUCCGCUGCGUCUGGCUCACUAGGCCUAGGAGGUUCGUCGGCAACCAAGGCGAAGAUUUCGUCCGCCGUUUGCUGCUGCAGCUGCAGCAAGACAGCGCUUUGUUUUUUAGGGCUUUUUCAGGUUUUGUUGGGUCUCAUGCAGCAGCAACGGAGCGGCAGCAGCAAGCAGCAGCAGCAGCAGCAGCAAGGACUCUGGGACACCAUUUGCUGCUGCUCCACCUGCUGCAGCAGUUCUUGAUGUCCCCAGCUGCUUCAGCCCAAGACCGCCUGCUGCAGUUGAUUGGGUGUAUAGCUAGCACUCACCUGGCUACAGCUGCACCGGCAGCAGCAGCAGCAGCAGGUGCUGCUGCUGCAGACGACGCAGCAGCAGCGGCUGCAGCAGCAGCCCCGGUGAUUACCACCAAGUGCCGCGUUGCUGCUGGCUUUGCUGCUCUUCGAGCAGAUCUCUCGCUGCAGCAGCGGCAGCAGCUGCUUGCUGCUGUGUGUGGCCAUCUGCAGCAGAGUGCUGCCUGCACACUGAGGGAGCAGCAGCAGCAGCAGCAACAGGAACUAUGCAAGCAGCAGCAGCAGCAAGAGCACGCUGGCCAGCAGCAGCAAUCAGACGAGAGCAGCAGCUUCAGAUGUGUCGUGUGGCGGCAUGGCUUGCUGCCCCCAGGCUGCAGCACUGUUCUUGUGGCGCGACCGACAGCAGCACAGCAGCAGCAGCAGCAGCAGCAGCGGCAGCUGCAGCAGCUGCAGCAGCAGCAGCAGCAGCAAAACCUAGAGCAGCUUCCGCUUAACAAGAUACACCAUUUAGGCCACCCCUUCGCGCCUGAAGACUCCGUGAGCUGCCGAACGACAACAGCAACAGCAGAGGGAGCAGCAACAGCAGCAGCAGCAGCAAGAGCAGCAGCAGCAGCAGCAGCGUGGGAGCAGUCAUGGACAGUUUUGGAGGUUGAUCUGCCGCUGCAGCAGCAGCAGCAGCAGCGAUCCAAGCGGAAGCCUCCAACGUGUCUGCUGCAGCAGGAAGUUGUCGAGAUUCGCGGGGGCUGUCUCUGGCUGCUGUCACGCAGCAACAGCAAGACAGCAGCAGCAGCAGCAGCAGCAGCAGCAGAAACGCGUCUCCCUCUUGCUUCAUUCUGCUGCAUAAGAGCUCCUGCCCGUUCAGUUCCGUCACUCUCUCGCGCCAGCAGCAGGCAAAGCCUGGAAGAGCAGCAGCAGCAGCUGCGGCAGCAGCAGCAGCAGCAGCAGCAGCAGCAGCGGAACAAAUGCUGCUGCUGCGACGUCUCUGAAGAGCAAAUGCUGCUCGGUGAAGUCCCAAGGACUCAGCAGCUAAUCCUCUCUUUCAGCGAUGGAGUCCGGGCGCCGCUGCGGCUGCUGUUUGCUGCAGCAGCAGAUCGAAAGGCCUGCUUGGAAGCAAUAAAGCGGGCCCUUUGCGAACUGAAGCAGAAGCGCAGCAGCAGACGCAGCAGCAGCAGCAGCAGCAGCACACGCAGACGCAGCAGCAGCAGCAGCAGGCAGCCCUGCAGCAGCAGCCGACGCACCAAGAGGCGCCUUGUUGCUAAAGACACCAGAGAUGAGCAAAGGGGAGCAAUUUGCUUCUUUCCAGGGCCUCAGCUGCAGCAGCAGCUGGCUGCUGCUGCUGCUGCUGCAGCUGCUGCUGCUGCUGACGCUGGCAACGCUGAUGAUGAAGCCCCGAGGGCCAGCAGGCCCGCAACAGGUAAGAGUCAAGCAAGCAGCAGCAGCAGCAGCAGCAGCAACAGCAACAGCAGCAGCAGCAGCAGCAGCAAAAAGGCAGCCCGCGCAAAUGUGGCGCCCUUCCUUCAGCCGCUUUUAGCUGCAAACGGGGAAAGAGCCAACCAGCUGUAUCUGCUGCAGCAAGAGAACAUCCCAGCAGCAGCUGCAGCAGCUGCAGCAGCUGCAGCAGCAGCAGAAUCUGUAGUUCUCCCGCACGAAAACGCAGUAGCCUCCUAUCCGCCAGCAGCAGCUGCAGCAACAGCAGCAGCAGCAAGCAGCAGGAGAAAGUCUGUGUGGCGGCGCCUAGUGGGCUUCCUUCGCAGUGACUCAUGUGCUGCACGCAGCACAGCAGCAGCAGCAGCAGCAGCAGCAGCAACAGAAGCAGCAAAUGCUGCUUUGGUCGCGCCUCACUGGCUUCUGCACGGAAGGGACGAAAGCUUUAGCAGCAGCAGCAGCAGCAGCAGCAGCAGCAGCAGCAGCAGCUCCUCGGAGUCCGAAGGGAAUAUACCUACUGCUGCGCCGCGCCAAAGAGCCCGCAGAAGCAGGAGGCCUUCCCGACGCCAAGCAGCAGCAGCAGCUGCUGCUGCUGCUGCAGUUUCUGCUGCUGCGAGGGCUGCUGCUGCAGAGAUAAUGCUAUUUCCUGCUUGA